GACUACGCAGGAAAACAGUGUCUGGUAGAGUAUAGGGAGAGGUGGACAGGGAGAGAGAGGACAGGAGAGAGAGAGAGAGCGCCAGGGCUCACAUCUCUAUAUGGGUUGCGUCCUGACUGCAGAGCCUUGCUGUGGGGAGGAAGCAGAGCCUGUGCCCGUGGUGAGACGGUCACUGACGCGCCGAGGUCCAGAGAGGUCCAACAGCGGCAGGAUGAGGCUGACUAAGACAGGGAAGGGGGAGCCCCAUGUCUUCAAGGAGAAAACCUUUAAGAAGAACCGUCAGUGUGGGGUGUGUCGUCAGAGUGUGGACAACACGGGGUCCUUUUGCCGAGUGUGUAAAACAGCCACUCACAAGAAAUGCGAGGCAAAGGUGACCACAGCUUGCAUCCCAGCUCUCCCGUCUGAUCUGCAGGGCAAAGGAACUGCUCCAUCCCGACACAUCCAACACCUGGGCUCCACAAGGUCUUUGACUUACAACAAACAGAGGAACACCCUCUCCAGGAGUAUCAGUGUGGACCGUGUGAUGGAGAGAGUCAUGGAGCGUCAUUAUGACUUUGACCUGACCUACAUCACUGAGAGGAUCAUCUCCGUGUUCUUCCCCCCUCUGCUGGACGAGCAGCGCUACCGUCUCAACCUCAAGGAGGUGACUGCCAUGCUCAGGUCCAAGCACCAGGACAAGUUCCUCCUCUUCAACCUCUCUGAACGACACCAUGACAUCACCCGCAUGAAUCCAAAGGUCCUUGACUUCGGCUGGCCUGACUUCCAUGCCCCUCCCCUGGACAAGAUCUGUGCCAUGUGUAAGGCCAUGGAGACGUGGCUGACCUCCGACCCCCAGCAUGUGGUGGUCCUGCACUGCAAGGGCAACAAGGGCAAAACAGGAGUGAUUAUUGCAGCCUACAUGCACUACAGCAAGAUCUCUGCAGGGGCAGACCAGGCCCUCAGCACCCUGGCCAUGAGGAAGUUCUGCGAGGAUAAGGUAUCUUCCUCCCUCCAACCGUCCCAAAACAGGUAUAUCUACUACUUUGGGGGGCUCCUCUCUGGGGCGAUCAAGAUGAACAGCAGUCUGCUACUCCUCCACCAGGUCCUCAUCCCUACGCUUCCUAACUUCCAGGGCAAAGGAGGUUACUUCCCCUUCCUGAAGAUCUACCAGUCCAUGCAGCUGGUCUAUACAUCAGGGAUAUAUGACUUGAAGGGUUCUGUGGGCAGAAGACUGUGUGUGACCAUUGAACCUGCACUGCUGCUGAAGGGAGACAUCAUGGUGAAGUGUUACCACAGACCAGCACAGGGUGCAGUGAGGGACACAGUGUUCAGACUGCAGUUCCACACCUGCACCAUCCACGGGGCCCAGCUAUGGUUCGGCAAGGGGGAGUUGGAUGAGGCCUGUACUGAUGAACGAUUUCCCUCGGAUGCCACGGUGGAGUUUGUCUUCUCCUCGGGACCAGAGAAAAUGAAAGGGCGUGAGUACCAGAGAAAUGACCCUGCUGUCACAGUGGACUACAACACAGCUGAUCCAGUGGUGCGCUGGGACUCCUAUGAGAACUUCAACCAGCGCUAUCAAGACAGCCUCGAUGACAUAGCCCACACCAGGGGUCCAGUGGACGGAAGUCUGUACGCCCAGAUAAAGAAGCGUCUCUCAGCCCCAGGCUCUGGCUCCCUGACCUCUACCAAUGGCAGUCCAGCAGGCACCAGCGAGGAGAGGCCCAUUCAGAGCCAGCUGCUCUCUCCCAGCUCUGACUCUCUCACUCACUCCGGCCACUCGUCUGCCCUCCCAGAGCAUCCAGAGGAGUCCAGAGGGCUCCCGCCACCCACCCGGCAGGAGAGAGAGGACCUGGACCGACUGCUGGGGGGCAUCGAGGGGGAGAGGGACGGCCUGGACAGAGAGAGGGAGACUGCCAUCCUGGACGAUGGGGACUUGUCGUCUGAGCAUACAGGCACCCUGAGGCUCGACCGCUCCAGUUCUUGCCAGGUGGACUACCACUCCCAGCGCUGUGCCGAGCCCGGCUGUGACCGACUCCACCUCAUGUCCAGUGGCUACUGCCGGGACAGAGCUCCGGCAACCAACGGCCACCCUGGGUCACCGCCCUUGACUAACCCUGCCACCGUCCCCUCACACAUGGACCUGUGUCAGCACUACAGCCCACACCCUCAACCCCAUCAGGCCCUGCCUCCCCCUGACCUGGUAUGGAACCGCCAACAGGGCCCUCCACACUACCUGCACCGUGAGGGACCCUCUCGUCACCCCUCUCUGUGCCCCUAUCCAUCCCAGGACCUGACCUCUCACCCCCACAUCCUUCAUCCCGGGCGCCUGCUCUGUAGAAGUGAUGACUAUGGUCCGUACCACCACCCUCCCUCACACACACACCAUCACCCUCACCACCCCAAGUCCUCCGGGUCCUACCAAGAUAUGCUGCUGCUGGAUGGCAUGCCGCCCCCUGGCUGCCCCUGCCGGGACUGCCUCAUCAGGAGGGAGGAUUCAGCCUUCCACGGCCUGCGGCUGGAGCGAGGAGAGAGCUUCCACUGGGACAGAGAGGCAGAACUGCAGCAUCGGGAAGCAGGGCUAAGGAGAGUAAGGGAGUCUGAGCUGCCUAGAGGGGCAGAGAUGCACUGGGAGAGGGAGGCAGGGGGACUGAGAAGAGGCAGGGAGAUGUCACUGCACUGGGAGAGAGACAGGGAGGCAGCGCUCCAAUGGGAGAGGGAGGCAGGGGGACUGAGAAGAGGCAGGGAGAUGUCACUGCACUGGGAGAGAGACAGGGAGGCAGAGCUCCAAUGGGAGACGGAGAGAAAGUCCGACCAUUGGCACCGGAGGGCCUACAGGCUUCAGGACCAUGAGCUACCUGCCUUCUCCUUUGACCCUCUGCCGUCCGGCCACCCUGCGUACCCAGAGGCGUCUCGCUCCCACGGCCACGCCCACCUGGACCUGAAGUACAGCAGCAGCAGCAGCAGUGGCUACCAGACCCCGCACCAGGUCUGCCUCUGCUCCCACUACCAGCCCUCCCCCUCUGAGAGCAGGGGUUAUGCCUCAGGUUACCAGUCUGAGUCCACCUCCCCUCUGCCCCCUCCCUCCACCCUGUCAGGCCCCUGCAGCCACACCAGAGGGCCAGCAGACCACCACCCCGAAGCCCACACUCAGCAGUACCCAUCUGAGAGCCAGACAGAUGGAAGGGGGAUGAGUGAGAACGUGAGUUGGCGGGACCACAUCUCCCAGGGUUCCUUCAAGAGGAUGCAUCCUUCAAGAGAUGUCCCGUGUUCCACGCCCUCUGACCUCUCUAGGCCGCCCACCCCUGUUCUCACCAGCAGCCCUCUGUGCACACAAGAAAGCCUCAGUCUAGGUGUGCACUCACUAGUUGGAUCGACUGACAUAGUCAACAGUGACUGUGAGUCUGUCCAGUCUCAGGAUAGGCCCAGCAGUGCUGCUGCUCAGGGGUCGCAGGUCAACCAGCAACACAUCCCUGACCCUUUACAGUCUACAUCCGUGACACCCACACCUUCCCCCACCCAACCCAACAGCCACUGGACCACACUGACAGCAACACAACCACCCUCACCCUACCAGCCCCAGAACCACAGCGCUACAUCUUCACCCUACCAGCCCCAGAACCACAGUGCUACAUCUUCACCCCACCAGUCCCAGAACCACAGUGCUACAUCUUCACCCUACCAGCCCCAGAACCACAGUGCUACAUCUUCACCCCACCAGUCCCAGAACCACAGUGCUACAUCUUCACCCCACCAGCCCCAGAACCACAGUGCUACAUCUUCACCCCACCAGUCCCAGAACCACAGUGCUACAUCUUCACCCUACCAGCCCCAGAACCACAGCGCUACAUCUUCACCCCACCAGCCCCAGAACCACAGUGCUACAUCUUCACCCCACCAGCCCCAGAACCACAGCGCUACAUCUUCACCCUACCAGCCCCAGAACCACAGUGCUACAUCUUCACCCCACCAGUCCCAGAACCACAGUGCUACACCUUCACCCCAACAGCCCCAGAACCACAGCGCUACAUCUUCUCCCCACCAGCCCCAGAACCACAGAGCUACAUCUUCACCCCACCAGCCCCAGAACCACAAUGCUAUAUCUUCACCCCACCAGCCCCAGAACCACAGUGCUACAUCUUCACCCCACCAGCCCCAGAACCACAUUGCUACAUCUUCACCCCACCAGCCCCAGAACCACAGUGCUACAUCUUCACCCCACCAGCCCCAGAACCACAGUGCUACAUCUUCACCCCACCAGCCCCAGAACCACAGUGCUACACCUUCACCCCACCAGCCCCAAAACCACAGUACUACACCUUCACCCCACCAGCCCCAGAACCACAGUGCUACAUCUUCACCCCACCAGCCCCAGAACCACAGUGCUACAUCUUCACCCCACCAGCCCCAGAACUACAUUGCUACAUCUUCACCCUCAACUACAACCAGCCAGCCCAGCAACCACUGCCACCCUGCUACACCCACUCAGACACCCACUGAGAAAGCUAGCCUAACUGGUCCAAAGACCACCCAUCCUACAGAGACUGCUGUACUGCCUCCUGUUGCCCAGCCCCAGUUCCAGUCCCCCAACCCUGUACCUGGAGCAUGUCCACUCAGGAAACUGACCACAGAGGUCCCUAAAUCCAGCUCCACCCUCACCUCGGCCCCUUCCUCCCCCCAGCCUCCCAUCAGCAGUUUGGAGGGGUUCCCCUCCUCAGAGCCUCCUGUGCCCGGCUUCGCCACCCUGGGCCGGAGGUUGAUGCUGGUCACUGAGCCCCCAGGACCCCUGCAGCACUACCCUGGCAUGGAGGGCAGCACCAGUGGACACUCUCCAGCCCCUGAGGUACACACCACCCCCACAUUCCCCAUCUCUGCAUCAGUCCCACAUGUGCCAUACUUGAGCUACACUGCUGUCACCAUCCCCCAGUGCCCACACCCAGAGAAACGGGGUCAGUCUGCCCAGCCAGGGUCGCCUAAUUGCGGGGUGAGGACCCUGAGGCCAACCCCCUCACAGCACCAUGUCACCUUCUCUCCAACGGUGGGGGAGAUGGCACCCCCUGCAGGCCAAGAGGAGGGAGUGCUAUCUCUGGAGAGUGAGAUGGCAGGCAGAGUCAGUGUUACGUUUGUCCAGGACAACUCACGCUUCUGGUACAAGCCUGGCAUCUCCAGGGACCAAGCCAUUGCUGCGCUGAAGGAGAGAGAACCAGGGGCCUUUCUUAUCCGGGACAGUAACUCCUUCCAGGGAGCCUAUGGCCUGGCGCUGAAAGUGGCCACCCCGCCCGCUAACCUCAACAACCCCUGCAGCAGAGUGGUCGAUCCAUUAGAGCAGCUGGUGCGACACUUCCUGAUUGAGACGGGCCCCCGUGGAGUGAAGAUCAAAGGGUGUCAGAAUGAGCCCCACUUUGGGAGUUUGUCUGCAUUAGUAUACCAGCACUCCAUCACUCCCAUCUCUCUUCCCUGUUCCCUACGGAUCCCAGAGAAAGAUCCCAUUGGAGAAAUGCAGGAGCUGCAGUCGACUGCUAGUAACAUGAGCACAGCUUCAGACCUGCUCAAACAGGGUGCAGCCUGUAAUGUGCUUUACCUGAACUCUGUGGAGACUGAGUCACUGACCGGACCCCAGGCCAUCUCCAGAGCAACCGGAGCCACCCUGGCACAGAAUCCCCGGCCAGCGGCCACAGUGGUCCACUUCAAAGUGUCCUCACAGGGCAUCACACUGACCGACAGCCAGCGCAGGGUGUUCUUCAGGAGACACUACCCAGUCAACAGUGUGACCUUCAGCAGCAUCGACCCCCAGGACAGGAGGUGGACUAACUCAGACAGCACAACUUCUAAGGUGUUUGGGUUUGUAGCCAAGAAGCCAGGCAGCAUGGCAGAGAACGUGUGUCAUCUGUUUGCCGAGCUCGACCCGGAGCAGCCUGCCUCAGCCAUCGUCAACUUCAUCAACAAGGUGAUGUUAGGGCCGCAGCGCAGGUAGAGAGACAGAAAAGGACCAAGCCAGGGACCUGUCACCGCAACAACACUGUCACAACUCCUAAAGAGAAUCAGGAGCCUACAGAAAUGCUUUACAGACCCAUAAAGGACCAGUGGUGGUGGCAUCUUUUCAAAGACUGAGUUUUGACCCCAAAGGCUCAACAUUUUAAACAUGACUGCCAUUUUGAAUUAUAAUCUAACUGUAAUCGUUGUUACUAUUCUAAUGUCUAUAAUGCCGCCAUUGAUAGUUGCCUUCGAGAUACCAAAGCUUUGUUGUCACUUGUUAGUCAGUAAUCUAAGGUAUCAAUAAGUAGCCUAGUCUACCAAAGAUCUUGCCUCAACCCUGUCACUCUCCCUUUGACAAUAAUAAGUGUAAGUCAAACACAAUGUAGAAGAUGAUAUAGUCCUACAGUAGGCUACAUUAGGCUACAGUAGAUUACAGUAGGCUACAGUAGAUUACAGUAGGCUACAUUAGGCUACAGUAGAUUACAGUAGGCUACAGUAGACUGGCUACAUUAGGCUACAGUAGAUUACAGUAGGCUACAGUAGACUGACUACAUUAGGCUACAGUAGACUGACUACAUUAGGCUACAUUAGGCUACAGUAGGCUACAGUAGAUUACAGUAGGCUACAGUAGACUGACUACAUUAGGCUACAGUAGAUUACAGUAGGCUACAGUAGACUGGCUACAUUAGGCUACAGUAGAUUACAGUAGGCUACAGUAGACUGACUACAUUAGGCUACAGUAUAUUACAUUAGGCUACAGUAGACUGACUAUAUUAGGCUACAGUAGGCUACAGUAGACUGACUACAUUAGGCUACAGUAGAUUACAGUAGGCUACAGUAGACUGAGUACAUUAGGCUACAGUAUAUUACAUUAGGCUACAGUAGAUUACAUUAGGCUACAGUAGACUGACUACAUUAGGCUACAGUAGAAUACAGUAGACUACAGUAGGCUACAGUAGACUGACUACAUUAGGCUACAGUAGACUACAGUAGGCUACAGUACACUGACUACAUUAGGCUACAGUAGAUUACAAUAGGUUACAUGUAUAUUACAUUAGGCUACAGUAGACUACAUUAGGCUACAGUGGAUUACAGUAGACACCAGUAGACCGCAGUAGACUGACUACAUUAGGCUACAGUAGACUACAUUAGGCUACAGUAGACUACAGUAGACUGCAGUAGAUUACAGCAGACUACAGUAGGCUGCAUUAGACUGACUACAUUAGGCUACAGUAGACUACAUUAGGCUACAGUAGAUUACAGUAGGCUACAGUAGACUACAUUAGGCUAUAGUAGAUUACAGUAGGCUACAGUAGACUACAGUAGGGUAUGUUAUGCUACAGUAGAAAGUAAAAGUGAGAAACGUCUAUUUGUAAUGUGCAAGCGACAAAGUGUAUGUGGUUAGGGUAUCAAUGUGUGUGGAGGCUAGGAGUUAGGACACAGAUAUGGUAAUGUAUGGAGGCUAGGGGUUAGGGCACAGAUAUGAUAAUGUGGUGGAGGCUAGGUGCUAGGGCACAGAUAUGAUAAUGUGGUGGAGGCUAGGGGCUAGGGCACAGAUAUGGUAAUGUGGUGGAGGCUAGGGGCUAGGGCACAGAUAUGGUAAUGUGUGUAGGAGCUAAGGUACAGAUAUGGUAAUGUGGUGGAGGCUAGGGGCUAGGGCACAGAUAUGGUAAUGUGUGGAGGCUAGGGGUUAGGGUACAGAUAUGGUCAUGUGUGGAGGCUAGGGGUUAGGUUACAUAUAUGGUAAUGUAUGUGGAGGCUAGGGGUUAGGGUACAGAUAUGAUAAUGUAUGGAGGCUAGGGAUUAGGGCACAGAUAUGGUAAUGUGGUGGAGGCUAGGGGCUAGGGCACAUAUAUGGUAAUGUGGUGGUGGCUAGGGGCUAGGGCACAGAUAUGAUAAUGUAUGGAGGCUAGGGGUUAGGGCACAGAUAUUGUAAUGUGGUGGAGGCUAGGGGCUAGGGCACAGAUAUGGUAAUGUAUGUAGGGGCUAAGGCACAGAUAUGGUAAUGUGUGGAGGCUAGGGGCUAGGGUACAGAUAUGGUAAUGUGUGGAGGCUAAGGGUUAGGGUACAGAUAUGGUAAUGUGUGGAGGCUAGGGGCUAGGGUACAGAUAUGGUAAUGUGGUGGAGGCUAGGGGUUAGGGUACAGAUAUGGUCAUGAGUGGAGGCUAGGGGCUAAGGCACAGAUAUGGUAAUGUGUGGAGGCUAGGGGCUAAGGCACAGAUAUGGUAAUGUGUGGAGGCUAGGGGCUAGGGUACAGAUAUGGUAAUGUGUGGAGGCUAGGGGUUAGGGUACAGAUAUGGUAAUGUGUGGAGGCUAGGGGUUAGGGUACAGAUAUGGUAAUGUGUGGAGGCUAGGGGUUAGGGUACAGAUAUGGUAAUGUGUGGAGGCUAGGGGUUAGGGUACAGAUAUAGUAAUGUGUGGAGGCUAGGGGUUAGGGUACAGAUAUGGUAAUGUGUGGAGGCUAGGGAUUAGGGUAAUGUGUGGAGGCUAGGGGUUAGGGUACAGAUAUGGUAAUGUGUGGAGGCUAGGGGUUAGGGUACAGAUAUAGUAAUGUGUGGAGGCUAGGGUACAGAUAUAGUAAUGUGUGGAGGCUAGGGUACAGAUAUAGUAAUGUGUGGAGGCUAGAGUACAGAUAUUGUAAUGUGGAGGCUAGGGGUUAGGGUACAGAUAUAGUAAUGUGUGGAGGCUAGGGGUUAGGGUAAUGUGUGGAGGCUAGAGUACAGAUAUUGUAAUGUGGAGGCUAGGGGUUAGGGUAAUGUGUGGAGGCUAGAGAACAGAUAUUGUAAUGUGGAGGCUAGGGGUUAGGCCACAGAUAUGGCAAGUCCCAGAGAUGAUGGGGUAUUGAUGUUUAGUUCACGUGUAAGUUCUUAUGAAUUGUGCCCUAGAAAGAAACGCUUGCAGUAACCAAGGACAAGCAAGGAACAGCGGUGUGCCACACCACUGCCCUCCCCAGUGCAUUGUUUAACCAUGGAUUCUUCUGUCAAGCACUGUACACAAUAAUAUCGCUGCAAAUAGUCAUGUAGUUCUAUUAUACACAUAUUAUGGGUAAAUGCUAACCUAUGAUGCAAAUAAUAUUCCUUAUAUUGUAUAUUUUUGAGAAAUAUAUUUCAACAUUAAAAACAAGACAAGGAUGAGGUCAUGUCUCUGCCACAACUUCAACGUAAUGCCCGCAUAUCUUUUUUUACCUGUAUGACUUUAUGUACAAACACAAAUCAGAGAGGUGUCUAAGGCCCUAUGUACUAAAACCAAAGACAAAGCACUCCUGUAUUAAGAAUUCAUCUUUCAUAUUUUUAAGCUUCAUGUGUUUGUAUUGAUACGAGUUUUGCAAGACAUGAAGACUACUUUGUAUAACAGUGGUAAUAUAUUGUGGUCUGUUUUCUUACUGAUCUUUAUAAUGUAGUAAUAUAUUUUCUCACAUGCAGCUAGGAAAGUGAAAGUAAAAAGGAAUCAUUGAGGAAAAUAAUCUUGUUAUAUGCUAUUUUUUUAAAGAAAGCUUUGUAUGCACAAAUGAAUAUAAUAAAACAAAAGUUGUGGUACCAAAUCUGA